UUCUUCUUCAUUCGUGUGUCUGAGUGUGCAAUAAUAAGACUCCAUUUUGCUCUGUCAAACACACAUCAUGCAAUCAGGUAUGUGGGAUCUAUGCAUGCUAAGGAACUGUUCUUCGUUCUCUCGUUGACAGAUCAAAACUUUCUGAAAACUUAUUCGCCCGGAGAAUUAUGGAGGUAGGAAGAAACACGACUUGGGAUUUCAAAAAAGCUGAUGAUGACGAUUCGACAUCAUCCAUUGGAUUUGGAUCUAUCUCAGAAGAUUCAAUGAACACUCUGAGUUCAUCUUCUUCUUCUUUAUCAGAAUUAUCCUCUGAGGAAGAGGCAGCGGACUCUUCAAAAACAUCAUCUUCUUCUUCAUCAUCAUCAACUCAAACAAAUAACGGACCUUUAUAUGAACUGUCCCAGCUCAUGAACCAUCUUCCUAUAAAGAGAGGGUUAUCAAUGUUUUAUGAAGGGAAGGCUCAGUCUUUCACUUCUUUAGCAACGGUGGAGAGCAUAGAAGACCUUCCUAAGAAAGCCACGUUUUGCAGAAAGAAAAUGAAGUCAAUAAGCAAAAGCUAUGGAGGAGAUUUGGAUCUGGACAGACACAAAGCUAUAUCACACAUUAAUACCAAGGCGACAAUAUCAAAGGAUAAGUCUUCAAGAUCAGGAUCUUUGGUUUCUCCACUGAGUAGCAGAAGAAGAGGGACUUUUCUGGGAGCUUCGAGGCUCUCCAUUGCUGUACACAAGAACUAAUUUGAAGAUUCAAACCAGUAAUCUAGAGCUUACUUCUUUAAUUCAUGCAAACAAAAAAUUGAAAAAUUUUGGUGGGUUCUGUUAAAAAUGCGAGUAUUUUAAAUUUUUCUUUAGUUUAUUUUAAUAUAUGAGAGAAUAAUUGACGCAUUUUUCUGACAA